CAGCUCCUCCCUUGCUUCGGUUCUCCUUCCUCUGGUCCCCGCCAUGGGCUCCGUUCUGCCCGGCUCCUCUCUGGGCCUGAAGCCGGGCUUCAAGCCGCAGCAGCAGCCGCUCUCUCUGGCGGAAAUCAUCACCUCGGACAUCUUGCACAGCUUCCUGUACGGCCGCUGGAGGCACGUGCUAGGCGAGCAGCAUCACCACCACGCGCCCCACCAGCAUCACCUGCAGCUCGAGGACCGCACCGCCCCGAGCGCGAGCCCCAAGACCGCGUUUACCGCUGAGGUGCUCGCGCAGUCCUUCUCCGGAGAGGUGCAGAAGUUGUCCAGUCUGGUUUUGCCCAGUGAGGUGAUCAUCGCUCAGAGUUCAGUCCCAGGUGAAGGUUUGGGAAUUUUCUCUAAAACAUGGAUUAAAGCAGGAACAGAGAUGGGACCAUUCACCGGACGACUGAUCUCCCCUGAACACAUCGACCUUUAUAAGAACAACAACCUUAUGUGGGAGGUGUUUAACGAGGAUGGCACGGUUCGGUAUUUCAUCGAUGCGAGUCAGGAGGAUCAGAGGAGCUGGAUGACGUACAUAAAGUGUGCGAGGAACGAGCAGGAGCAGAACCUGGAGGUGGUUCAGAUUGGCAGCAGCAUCUUUUACAAGGCUGUGGAGACGAUCCCUCCGGAUCAGGAGCUGCUGGUCUGGUACGGAAACUCCCACAACACCUUUCUGGGAAUCCCUGGAAUUCCAGGAGGAGAUGAAGAACAAAGCAAGAAGACCAAGAGUGAUGAGUUCCAUACCUGUGAAGGCUCCUCUUCUACCUCCUCCUCCUCCUCCUCCUCCUCCUUGUCCUCCUCUUCGUCCUCCACUAGUUUGGGUCGUAUGCGCUGUGUGAUCUGCCACCGCGGAUUCAACUCCCGCAGCAAUCUGCGCUCUCACAUGCGCAUCCACACGCUGGACAAACCUUUCGUCUGCCGCUUCUGCAACCGGCGCUUCAGCCAGUCGUCCACACUGAGGAACCAUGUGAGGUUGCACACCGGGGAGCGUCCUUACAAGUGCCACGUCUGCCAGUCGGCGUACUCACAGCUGGCCGGGCUGAGGGCGCACCAAAAGAGCGCCCGGCAUCGGCCCACUGGAGAUGGAGGGGCUGCAGGAGGGAGCGUGGUUGUCCACUCGGCCCACUCUCCUCCUCACCCACCACAGCUGACAGCCAUGCCUCACCCUGCGUCACUGGUUCACCAUAUUCCAACCAUGGUGCUGUGAGAAAGAUCAAACCCACAGACAAAAAAAACACACUCACGCACACGCACACGCACACGCACACGCACAC